AUGUCGGACAGUAUGGUUGAAAUGUCCUCCCGUGACGCGGGCACCGCAGAAACGUCUGGGCCACCUCUGCAAAGCUCCAGAGGUUCACGGCCCAUGGAGGAACUGGCGGCGCUUUUCACGGCAGUCGUUGCUUCGCAGCUGGCUCUGGAAAGCUGGUCCUUCUUUCUGGCGCAGGGAGGAAGUUACCACCUGCGGGGCGCCAGUUGGCAAAAGGAGUGGCGGCUGAUGGUCUUAAUCUUCCACAUCAUUUCUGCACCCGCUGCUGGCUUCUUAGGACACCAUGUGCCGCGGAAUAUGCUCAUCUUGGGCGCUUCCAUUGCAAUCAGUGUGGGACUUUCCACCUGCGCAUUGUCAUACUUUCUUUCCGGAAUGGCUUUCUUCCUGCUCUUCCUGGCUUCCCUGAGCUUCGGAGUGGGUUCGGGUCUCAUGCAGCCUUUGCUUUGGAGCCUCGUGAUGGAGAAGAGCGAAGCUAAACGCCGGGGCGCGGCCUUCGGCUUUCUGCACGGGAUGAGUCUAUUCUCAAAAGUUCUUCAGAGUGAAAAUCCCUUCCUUCGCGUCCAAGAACUCAUGUGGCUGUGGCCAUUGGCUGCUUCCGGCUUCAACAUCCUCACGGGAGCCAUGUGUGCUUGGAGGGUCACCGACAGCUCCAGAAAGUCGGGGCAGAACCUUCCGAUGAUCCUUGGGCGUCGCACCUUCUGGGUUCUCGCUGUCCCAGCAGGUCUGUUGAAAGCUUCCAGCGUGGCAUUGGCGUCCCAGAUUCUCUUUUGGUUUGAGCCUGGGUAUCGAAGGGUGGUCUGGACCUACCUGGGGCUCGGCAAAGUCAUUUCUGCAGUCGUUGGGGGCGUUGCCUUGGACGGCAUUGACUCAAACAGCCCCGUCACCGGCCCUCCUUCUGUUCUCACAGCCACUGCCAUCCUUCCCAUCAUCGUGAUUAGCGUCGGCUUUUUCGUCUUGGACAUAUUGCGGAGAAGCUUCCUCGGCUGGCUUCUGAUGAGGCCGGGUGCGCUCGCGUUCGGCGCUUUCGGGACUUGGACCUGGCUCCCUGUUGUGGCAGGCAAAAUGCUCAGCGACAUCGUACGUCCCGAGGCUUACGUCUUUCUCUAUGGGGUUUACCUGGCCGUGUUGGACAUCAUCUACCUUGUGGUUCACAAUGGUAUGGGCUGGUGGGACGAAACCCCUGACACCAACGUCACUGCAUCGCAUAUCCUGCUCGGGCUCCUUCUGACCGUAUUGACCGUGCCGGUCUUCUUCGCCUAUCCGGAGGAUCGGCAGGUCGUGGCUAGAGCAGUACAAAUGGCAGAGGCGGUCCUGAAGAUGCGCGGGCCCAUGUCUGCCCUGGAGUACGAGGCCGUGCCCGGAGACGACAUCGACCAGCAGGUGCAGCACUUUGCCAGGCAGAUUCCGGAGCAUCUCGGUGAGUGGCUUACAAUCUACCGCAAGGCUCGCGGAGAGUACGAGGUCAGCGAGGAGGUGGUGCGCAUGGCUUGGCAGUCGACCGUGUCGAAGCCCACGCCGCAGCAUCCCGAAGGACAGAUCCUGCGAGAGGUGUUUGUCUAUGUGGAAAGCGAGGCAGAGGGGGCCACGCCUGGGGAGCCGCUUCAUCUCUUUCUCAGGCAUUCUGCCAACGUGGCCUACGACCUGCAUUUCGGCAGCGCCAUGAUGAAGGUCCCCGAGGGCAGCCGCUUGUCCUUCGCGGAGGAGACGGGGACCCUGCUGAAGGAUAGUGAUGCCGACUCCAAGUACAAGGCGAUGCUCCUGGCGAGUGAGCAGGCGCAGAAGAGGGAGGAAGCGGCUCUACAAUUCAGGAGAAUGAUGGACGAUGAAGCGGACGAGCGUCCGUACACGGAGCGACCCCCACCCAUCGAAGCUGCGCAUUUGACAUGGAAUGCUCACAUGGAUCGCCCGCUGCUGCGCAUGCUACUGCUGUUCAUUUCCAGGCUGCUUCCAGCUUUGUAA